AUGUCUGAGAAGACAGUUUGUACUACCGUCUUUCCAUUGAACAAUGGAACGAACCUCCCCGCCGUUGGUCUAGGGACAUGGCAAGGAAACGGAAGCACAAAAGACCACAAUGAAGUACGAGACUCCAUUAUGCACGCCCUCCGCAGCGGUUAUCGCUUGAUCGAUACAGCACAGCAUUACCAUGUCGAACCAGCUGUCGGUGAAGCAGUGAGAUUAUCAGGAAUUCCUCGCAGCGAAAUUACCGUUAUCACCAAAUUCUGGGGUCACUGGCACCAUGACCCAGCUCAAGCGCUGCAGAUCUCUCUGGAUGCGUUAGGUCUAGAUUAUAUCGACGUCUUCCUAAUGCAUUGGCCUAAUGCUGCUACAACGGAUUUGAAAGAAUAUCUACCUAUCACGGCGAGCCCGACAUUUAUCGACACUUGGAAAUUGAUGGAGAAGUGCGUCGGAGAUCAAUGCAGGGCCAUUGGAGUUAGUAACUUCUCGCAGAAGUUACUCGAUGAACUUCUAGCAGCUACUACCGUCGUUCCGGCUGUGAAUCAGGUUGAGCUACAUGCUUUUAACCCAAACCUACGUUUGGUUCCAUACUGCCAGGAGAAGGGCAUCCAAGUGAUGAGCUGGAGUACUAUGGGCGGUGGAGGCGACCAUAUACCCAAGGGCAAAGAAAUUAUUACACACCCUUUCUUCAAGCGUAUUGCAGCAAAUCACGAGUGCUCUACUGGUGUCCUAGCUCUCUCGUGGGCAGUUCAACGAGGAAUCUGUGUGAUCCCGAAGAGUAGCUCAUUGACUCGGAUUGAAGAGAAUCUCAAGUUAGUAACAUUGACUGAAAAGGAAAUGUCGGAAAUGAAUGACGCCCAUGUUACCCUUGGCAAACUUCGACUUGCAGAUCAUAUCGAUAGCGUUGCAGGAGAAAGAGAUGGCCAACUGACAAUCAUGAAUUGGACAAAUCAAGAGUUUGGUUGGGAAGAUGCAGAUGGAAAUUGGCUGGCCUAG